UUCUUAAAACAGUUGUGGAAAAAAGAUGACAAAGAUGUGAAAACUAUGACACUCAGUAACAAUACUUUUAGCAGAAGAAUAGAAGAAAUGAGUGAAGAUAUUGAAAUACAACUUGUUGAAAAGCUGAAAACAAAAAUAUUCUCAGUGCAAAUGGAUGGAUGAACUUUGAGAGACAGUGAGGCUGUAUUGAUAACUUACGUAUGAUACAUUGAUAAGGGAUGUUUUUUUAAAGAUAUGUUGUUCUGUAAAUCAUUAAAAAGCACCACUACCACUAAAUAUAUA